AGGUGGUGAUGGAUGAUUAUAAAUAAGGAAGAGUUUUCACAGUGGAAUGGCAGCCAUUGCUACCAUCUUCGUUUGUUUCACAUCAUCUUCGUCUUCUCCCUUUCUCACUAGAUUCCCCUCGCGUUUCCACUUCGCCGCAUUCCCUCUGCGUUCUCCGGCGAGGAAACUCAUGUCUCAAACUCUCGCACGUGCCACUCUCGGUCUCACUCAUCCUUCUAAUAUUGAAACCCCCAAGAUCUGUUUCACUGCUAAGGAUGUUGAUGUGACGGAAUGGAAAGGGGACAUUCUAGCAGUGGGUGUUACGGAGAAAGAUUUGGCUAGAGAUGAAAAGUCGAGGUUUGAGAAUGUGAUCUUGAGCAAGAUCGACUCAAAAUUGGGUGGUAUAUUAGCUGAAGUCUCUUCCGAAGAGGAUUUCUCUGGCAAAGUUGGUCAAUCAACUAUUAUUAGAAUUACAGGACAUGGAUCAAAGAGGGUUAGCUUGAUUGGUCUUGGACAGUCACCUUCCACUCCUGCACCUUUUAAGGGUCUUGGCGAGGCCGUAGUGGCAGCGGCCAAGUCUUAUCAAGCAAGCAGUGUUGCCGUUGUUCUUGCCUCUUCUGAAGGGCUCUCUGCACCAUCAAAGCUUAGCACUGCUUAUGCAAUUGCGUCUGGGGCUGUGCUGGGAUUAUUUGAAGAUAAUAGAUACAAGUCGGAAGCUAAAAAACCAACGCUUCAGUCCGUUGACAUUAUUGGUCUAGGGACAGGACCUGAACUGGAGAAGAAACUUAAGUAUGCAGGAGAUGUUUCUUCUGGAAUUAUCUUUGGAAGGGAGCUUGUAAAUUCUCCUGCUAAUGUGCUCACACCAGGGGUGUUGGCAGAGGAGGCAGCUAAUAUUGCUUCUACCUACAGUGAUGUUUUCACUGCAAAAAUAUUAAAUGCCGAACAAUGUGCGGAACUGAAAAUGGGGUCUUAUCUAGGUGUUGCUGCAGCCUCGGCAAAUCCUCCUCAUUUUAUCCAUCUAUGUUACAAACCACCGAGUGGACCUGUCAAUGUCAAGUUGGCUUUAGUCGGAAAAGGUUUGACUUUUGACAGUGGUGGCUACAACAUCAAGACUGGACCUGGCUGUUCAAUUGAACUCAUGAAAUAUGAUAUGGGUGGUUCGGCUGCAGUUUUAGGCACAGCUAAAGCACUUGGUCAAAUCAAACCUCCAGGGGUGGAGGUUCAUUUUAUUGUUGCUGCUUGUGAGAAUAUGAUAAGUGGAACAGGUAUGAGGCCUGGAGAUGUUGUCACAGCUUCAAAUGGAAAGACUAUAGAGGUUAACAACACUGAUGCUGAAGGUAGACUUACUCUGGCAGAUGCUUUGGUAUAUGCUUGUAACCAAGGUGUUGAAAAGAUUAUUGAUUUGGCAACCUUGACUGGGGCCUGCGUAGUUGCUCUUGGACCCUCAAUCGCAGGCGUGUUUACUCCCAGUGAUGAACUAGCAAAGGAAAUUUUUGAAGCUUCUGAUGUGAGUGGGGAGAAACUAUGGAGGCUGCCAUUAGAGGAAAGUUACUGGGAAUCAAUGAAAUCCGGGGUGGCUGACAUGGUGAACACUGGUGGUCGACAAGGUGGUGCUAUUAUUGCCGCGCUCUUCUUAAAACAGUUUGUUGAUGAAAAGGUUCAAUGGAUGCAUAUUGACAUGGCUGGUCCUGUGUGGAAUGACAAGAAACGUUCAGCAACAGGAUUUGGCAUUGCUACUUUAGUGGAAUGGGUUUUGAAAAAUGGUUUAAAUGCUCACUGAAAUCUUUGAAAUCUUGUUCAUGGCGGGUGAAGCUCUCAUCUUGUAAUGUUUUUCCUUCAAUGGAAUUUUUAGGUUUGGUUUCGUUUGGUUAUAAUGAUAUGAAUAAGUUAUUCGAAGGGAAGGAAAUUGUGGUCGGUGAGCCAUGUUUCAGUGUAUUUAAACUUUUUUUUAAUACAAGAAACUUUUUUGGUUUA